GAACCGCUCACCGCGGCGGGCGCCGCCAUGCACUUCGAGGGACUGUCCUGCUGCUUGGUGUUUUUGCUUCUGGGACUCUGCAGUGUGCACUCGCGCAAUGUGCUGCUGAUGGUUGCCGACGAUGGAGGCUUUGAAAGUGGAGCCUACAACAAUAGUGCCAUCACCACCCCUCACCUGGAUGCCCUGGCCCGUCACAGCCUCAUCUUCCGCAAUGCCUUCACCUCUGUCAGCAGCUGCUCCCCCAGCCGCGCCAGCCUCCUCACCGGCCUGCCCCAGCACCAGAAUGGCAUGUAUGGGCUGCACCAGCAUGUACAUCAUUUCAACUCCUUCGACAAGGUGCAGAGCUUACCGCUGCUGCUCCGCCAGGCUGGGGUGCGCACAGGCAUCAUUGGGAAGAAGCAUGUGGGUCCGGAGACGGUGUACCCCUUUGACUUUGCAUUCACGGAGGAGAACAGCUCUGUGCUGCAGGUGGGGCGGAACAUCACUAGAAUUAAGCAACUAGUCCGUAAAUUCCUGCAGAGUCAGGAUGACAGGCCCUUCUUCCUCUAUGUGGCUUUCCAUGACCCCCACCGCUGCGGGCACUCCCAGCCCCAGUACGGAACCUUCUGUGAGAAGUUUGGCAACGGGGAGAGUGGCAUGGGGCUCAUUCCAGACUGGAUGCCGCAGACCUACGACCCCCAAGAUGUGAAGGUGCCUUACUUUGUCCCAGACACACCAGCAGCCCGUGCAGACCUAGCCGCCCAGUACACUACCAUCGGCCGGAUGGACCAAGGGGUGGGGCUGGUGCUGCAGGAGCUGCGAAGUGCGGGCGUGCUGAAUGACACUCUCAUCAUCUUCACAUCCGACAAUGGGAUCCCGUUCCCCAGUGGCAGGACCAACCUUUACUGGCCUGGUACAGCCGAACCUCUGUUGCUGUCAUCCCCAGAGCACCCACAACGUUGGGGCCAGGUUAGCGAGGCCUACGUGAGCCUCCUAGAUCUCACCCCCACCAUCCUGGACUGGUUCUCCAUUCCGUAUCCCAGCUAUGCCAUCUUUGGCUCAAAGACGAUCCAGCUCACAGGUCGAUCCCUCCUGCCAGCGCUGGAGGCAGAGCCCCUUUGGGCCACCGUCUUCGGCAGCCAGAGCCACCACGAGGUCACCAUGUCCUACCCCAUGCGCUCGGUACACCACCAGAACUUCCGCCUCAUUCACAACCUCAGCUUCAAGAUGCCAUUUCCCAUUGACCAAGAUUUCUAUGUCUCGCCGACCUUCCAGGACCUCUUGAACCGAACCACAGCCGGCCAGCCCACGGGCUGGUACAAGGAUCUGCACCAUUACUACUACCGGCAACGCUGGGAACUCUACGAUGUCGGCCGGGACCCUCGAGAGACACAGAACCUGGCCGCUGACCCAGACUUCUCGCAAGUGCUGGAGAUGCUGAAAGCCCAGCUGACUAAGUGGCAGUGGGAGACGCAUGACCCCUGGGUGUGCGCCCCUGAGGGGAUCCUGGAAGAAAAGCUCACUCCUCAGUGCCGACCUCUUCACAAUGAGCUCUGACGGUCCCUGGGCAGCUGCCAGCCUGCCUCUGCUCAGACACGAAGGGAGGGACAAUGGAGUCAGUGCCAACAGCCCCACCCUCUACACACCCUUCUGAGGAGGGGCCCCUAUAAUGUGGGAUGCCACUCCUGCCUCCUGGAGAGGAACUCAGGCAUGCACUCCCCAUCUUGUCACCACAUCAGGACACUGCUGUCCUCACAUCUGCGUGAACUGACCCAGGAGUUCUAGGGCAAACUUGGGUGGGCAGAAUCCCAAGUUGACCUGCAGAUAAAGGGGUAAGGUCUGGGGUUUCGAAGCCCUCUGGUUUCUGGAACCCAUGGAUGUUUUCAGGUUCUUUAUUCUAAUAGGAGCACAGAACUGUGUGCCCUGUGGUCAGUGGGUGAACCACACUGACUCCUGCAACCAACCUUGGUGUAGAGGAAGCCUUAGGAGGCCCUGGGCUUGCUUUUGCUUUCAUUCUACCCUUGUCAAGUACACACUUGGUCAAAAACCUCACUGUUUCUCAGAGGUGAUGAGCUUGAUUCUGUGGUCUUUCUGGGCUCAGCUUAUCCUUUCGGAGGGUGACUGGGGACGGGGUGUGACAGUGGUCCCUCUUUUGCUCUUCAUUCUCUCUCUUUGAGUGACACCAAGCUUCUGGCCCCAGCCUGUUGUCAGGGUUUCUGUCCUGCCCCGUUCCCGCAAUCGUUAAGUCCCAAAGAAAUCACACAGAGGUCUAUAUUAAUCAUAAACUGAUUUGCUCCAUUAGCUCAGGCUUCUUAUUAACUCUUAUAACUUAUAUUAGCCCAUUAUUCUUUUUUUUGUUUUGUUUUUUUUUUUUUUUGUUUUUCGAGACAGGAUUUCUCUGUGGUUUUGGAGCCUGUCCUGGAACUAGCUCUUGUAGACCAGGCUGGUCUCGAACUCACAGAGAUCUGCCUGCCUCUGCCUCCCGAGUGCUGGGAUUAAAGGCGUGCGCCACCACCACCCGGCUAGCCCAUUAUUCUUGUGCAUGUUAGCCACAUGGCUUUUUCAGUGGGGCAGUCACAUCUUGCUUCUUCUGUGGUGGACUCACAGCUGUAGAAAGAGCUUCCCUCUUCUUAUUGACCUGUCUCUACUUCCUGUCUGGUUGUCCUGCCUAUACUUCCUGCCUGGCUACUGGCCAAUCAGCAUUUAUUUAAAACAUAAUUGACAGAAUAUAGACAAUUGUCCUACACUACUUCCCCCUCUUUUUUAAAAUAAUAAGAACUCUGAAUCUAAUAUCCUUUGUUUAGGAGAGAUUAAUAGCAAUUAUUCCCAAAGUGAUAGAAUUAUCCUUAUAAAGAGAAUUACUUGGAUUCUUCCCUGCAUUAUACAUGACACACAAACAGCAGGAGCUUGUACAUUUUAUAUUGAUUCAAAUAAAUCAGGAAAGAACAGGUUACAGAUCAGAAGAUUUAACUAAGGCGGAACAAAUCCUUAUAGUUCUGUCCAGAAGGCAGAAUUAUAUGCUAUUUUCAUGUUACUAAGAGAUUUUAAAGAGGGGGCUGGAGAGAUGGCUCAGAGGUUAAGAGCAUUGCCUGCUCUUCCAAAGGUCCUGAGUUCAAUUCCCAGCAACCACAUGGUGGCUCACAACCAUCUGCAAUGGGGUCUGGUGCCCUCUUCUGGCCUGCAGGCAUACACAUGGACAGAAUAUUGUAUACAUAAUAAAUAAAUAAAUAUUUAAAAAAAAAAGAGAUUUUAAAGAACCUCUCAACAUAGUUAAUGAUUUGUAAUAUACAGAAAGUUAUUUUGCCUAUUGAAACCACUGAAUUUAUGCCAGAUGAUACAGAAUUAUCUUCAUUAUUCAUUCAAGCUCAAGAUAUAAUCAGGAAUAGGCUUUGCCCCAUAUACAUAACACACAUCUGAUCCCAUACAAGUCUACCAGGUCCUCUAGCACAAGGUAAUGCAGAUUAUUGAUUGGAAGUGUGCUAAAUGCCUCAGAAUUUUAUAAAAAAAUCAUGUCAGUAUCAAAGGUUUAAAGAAAGAGGGGCUGGAAAGAUGGCUCAGAGGUUGAGAGCACUGGCCGCUCUUCCAGAGGUCCUGAGUUCAAUUCCCAGAAACCACAUGGUUGGCUCACAAUCAUCUAUAAUAAGAUCUGGCGCCCUCUUCUGGCCUGAAGGGAUACUUGCAGGCAGAGCGCUGUAUAAUAAAUAAAUAAAUAAAUAAAUAAAUAAAUAAAUAAAUAAAUAAAUGAUAAAGAGUUUCCUAUUAGAUGGCAACAAGCUAAGGAGAUUAUAAAGAGAUGUCCUACUUGCUCUUUCUAUAACCAAACACCAGUACCUGCAGCGAAUAACCCAAAGGGUACUCAUAGAAAUAAAAUCUAGAAGAUGGAUGUUUUCCAUUUUGCCAAUUUUGGAAAAUUAAAAUACAUACACCACACUAUUGACACUUAUUUCAAUGGGUAACUGCUUUGAGCUCAGAAAAGGCUGAUUCAAUAAUCAUGCAUUUAUAAGAAGUUAUGGCCAUCAUGAGUAUACAUGCACAAAUAAAGACAAUGGUCGAGCAUAUGUAUCUAAGAAAAUGAAACAGGUUUUUGAUUAUUAUAAUUUAGAGCAUAUUAUAGGUAUAUCAAACAAUUCUACAGGUCAGGCAGUUAUACAUAGAUCAAAUCGAACUAUAAAGGAUAUGUUAAACAGAAAGGGAUGGUAGGAAUAAAGAAAAAUAAGCCUCGUAGCAAUGGAUGUGCACAGAGAGUCUGGAUUAUGUAUAUUAUUGUGUUUUCUUUCAAUUUUUUGACUGCAGAAAGGUAUUUGAUUCUGAGGGCUGCUAAGAUAAACCAACAUACAGAUAUCUUGACUUCACGAUUUGGGUCUGAGGAUAUGUUGCUUUGGAAAAAAGAACCUGUGAACUCCUUCCAGACUAAUGUGACUUAAUGGACCAAGAUCCCUGAAAGGUUGCUGUGAAUACCCCCCAAAAAUUACUUUGCCCCCCAAAAAAGCAGGAAGCAGUUUGGAGAAAAUGACAUACAAAUUCUCAAAUAUUGUUUAUAAAUGUUUGUUUACAUUUAAAGGUAGAUAUUCUAUAGAGAUGGAUUCUUUGCAUUUAUAUGGAUCUUGGUUUAUUGUUACAAAUUUAAGGUCAACACUAGACCUUAGUUGGCAGCUCCAAUGUUGAAAAUGAGACUUUGGGUGAUUGUCCAGGUAGCCAGUUGUCUCUGUCAUUUAUUGCACAUUUUGGAAGUUGCUUGAUUGUACUUCCUAUUUACUCAAGUAAUAUUUUCUCCUUUCUCAGGUCUUUUAUGGAAUUGAAGAUAAGAUAGUCAUAGUUA